UUCGAAGAGAUAAAAUGGAAAAGGAAAGCAUCGAAGAAAUAGGUAUUGCUAACGUUCAUAGAUCAUUCAGGUGGAGCGCAAAACUUUUAAAAUGCAUGGGUGUUUGGCCAUUGAAGAACUACGUUCCAUUAUUUCUCUUCUUCUUCUCAUAUCUUUCAAUUCAUUGUUCUCUAACACUCGCUCAAUUAUUUUUGGGUCCAAAAACUGUGGAGAACGUAGUAUCGAAUAUGGCAGAAAAUAUGCUUCUAACGAUGACAUUAACGAAAAUAACAAUUGCUAGAAUUAAUAGAGAAGCAUUACGUAAAUUAUUCAUGGAAAUUGAAGAGUUUUCACUCACUGAAAAAUAUGAAACCAAAGAGGAGAAAUUGACAUUCAUAAAUUAUACUAAAUUACCUCCAUAUUUUAUUCUAAUAAUUGCCUCUUCAAUGACGACGGUCGAAGUAUUGUAUUAUUCGACUCGACUUGCCGAGGCACUUCAAAUUGCAAAGCUGAACAAUUCCACGAGUUAUCAGUUGCCGUACAAAACAUUAGAAAUCGUCGAAUUAAGGGACAGAAGGAUUUACGCUUUGUUGUGUGCUUAUCAAGUAAUAUUCAUACCUUGUGUCGUAUUAGGUUACGUAGGAUUUGAUUGUAUGUUCGUCAAUUUGUCCAUUCAAGUAAUUGCACAGUUCGCAAUAUUGUCUUAUAAGGUGAAAACUGUAUUGAAUAAUUCUAAAAGUUAUCAUGAUGGUAUGAGGGAACUUGUAUUACGACAUUAUCGAUUGAUAAGAUUAUCGGAAAGAUUGGAGGAUAAUUUUAAUUUCGUGAUUCUGCAGCAACUGAUGGGUACCACCAUUCAUCUCUGUAUUUCCGGUUACUUCCUGAUGACGGGUCAAGAAACGAAGGAUAAUUUGACAUCGUUCUUAUUCGUUGUGUACGUUUUUUCCGUGAUAACUACACUUUUUAUUUACUGUUUCAUCGGCGAAUGCUUUAUUCAGGAAAGUACAAAUUUUGGUAAUGCCAUUUAUAAUUACGAUUGGUAUAAUUUACCGGUAACCGAAUCGAAAUUUUUUCUUAUUUGUAUGAUAAGAACGAAAAAGCCGCAAUUUUUAACGUCUGGCAAAUUUGCCAUCUUGUCCUUGACCGUCUUCACGGAUAUCGUCAAAACUUCGAUGGGAUAUUUAUCGGUAUUACGAACAUUUUUGUGA